GCUACACACACCUCAAGAAAUAAAUCAUCAUCAGCCUCAUACGUACAUCAAACACAAUGGCCUCCACGGACGCAACUUAUAACCGCCCAACACCAAAUCCAGACCAUGACACGACUGUCGUAGUAGUUGUCUUUGUCUCUCUAGGCUGCGUCAUGUUCCUGGCAUUUCUUGCAUUUGUCAUUUGGUUUCUCAUUAAGAAGAAAUCCAAGAAGAACAGUCAGAAAAGUGAGGCCGUUCGUAUCGAUGAGCACUUUAAGAUGAAGGAAUCUAUAGUUGAGGGACCUCAUGGACCGGAGGCUGUGGUGUUAUCAGUUGAGGAUGAUGUUCAUAUCGAAGACUUGGUCAAGAAAGGUGAGAAGGAAGUGGGGAAGGACGGUCCAGUUAGAUCAUCUCACUUUACCCGUUCGUAGAUGAGCAGUCAUUCAUAAAAUUGCCUGUAUACUCUAAUUGUGUUUGUGUGUAUUAUCAUUUGUUUGGUGAAAUAAAUAAAGCAUCCAAAAUAUUUAA